AUGGAAAACCCCGUAUGUAGCCUGUCAAGACUGUCGGCCUCCCAGGUGGAGCGGGCUUCAUUUACCCCUGGUAGCAGUACGCUGCCAAAAGCAACCGUAACGAACCUGUUCUGGGAAUCGGUUUCAGAAGGGGCUCUCCAAGCUCUUCAACGGCGACUAGCUGAGCAAGAUGCACGCAUCUCGUUGCUUGAAAAGGAGCUGAGAAAGAAUCGACUUGAACCCAGAAAGUCCGCAGAGGAAACGGUCGAAGGCUCAAAGGAAAGCUUGCCUGGAGCUCGAUCCGAAUCUGUGUCGUUGCUCAACUUCAACUCCAAGCCUGCACAACCAAAGGAAGGGGGCGCUAGUCUAGCAGGACUAGACGAUGGCGUUAUAUCCUCUCAAUUGCGGUACCAGAUGCUCCAAUUCAAAUUAUAUUCAAUUCAGCAACGCCGCUCAAGUGUCGCAGAAGAUUCUCCUUCAUUAUCGUCCCCUCCGGGGCAGAGACCUGAAUCAUCGUUAUUUGACGAUUUGAGCCCGCCAUCAGAGGAGCCCAUUACUCCAAGCCAGGAAUACUCACUCGACGACCUCCGUGCAUUUGAAUCUCAUUUAGAGAUGAAAGAAGCAUCUUCUUGGAGCAACCACGGCGAUGGAGCUCAGAAAGGGACAACCAAGACUCUACUUGAAGGCAUUGGAUCACCAACAGAUAUCCCGCAAGCAUAUGGAGUCGUUCCGGGGGAAGCGCGUACAAAAAGUGCCAGUCAACCAACUCCAACGCCAUGGGAUGGAAAAGUGAAAUACUCACUGCCCAUAUCCUCCCCCUUUGAUAACGUCCACCAGAAAAAUCGUGCCCUUAACGCACUGCGCCAUUCCGAAUACCCUCCAGGUCUCUUCCAACAUGGACUCUUCUUUGACCCUCCCAAGUCGGAAGCGAAUUGGUGCAGGACUGUAGCCAUCACGAACCUUCCACUCAGCUGCUGCUUGAGACACCUAUUUCAAGGUGUGCGCGGCGGCACUAUAUUAUCCGCCCAUUUGAUGAAUAUGGAACGCGCUGCAGGUUAUCAUAUGGGGAUUGUCACCUUCGUUUACGAGAAGGAUGCAAAGGCAUACGUCGAGUUUUCCAAGAAUCACGGAGUGUUCUUUGAUGAUCAGCGCGCCAGGGUCAUAAUGUUUAAGCAACCUACAUAUCCAAUGUCAGGAGAUAUAGAACGGAAGGUCAGUCGUGGCCACACGAGGUGUAUUUCCAUCAAAGGCCCCCGUGACCCUGAGCGGUAUCCCGACGUUGCAGCAUUCGUCGAGAGGGAGCUUCCUGUCUAUUUCGACCUCGGGGAUGAUAUGGUGGAGAAUGAAUCUAGUACUGAGAUGCGGAUUCAUUUCAAUUCAAUCAAAGCUGCCAGUGCUGCCAUUGAGGCAUUUCGGGGGUAUAAGAGACUCGCCAACUGCGAAUUGAGCUUUGCCCCAGAUCCAUGCUCAGGACCACUGCCCGUUUGCCCCUGCCACUAG